GCAGAGACGCACGCUUUCUUUUCUUAAAUGAGCGAAAAACGGUGUGGCUGCCCGUGACACACAACUCCAAAGAAUUUAACUUCGCCGAGAAAAGUCAAAAAAAAAAAAGCCAAAAUGACUGAGAAGAAGGCAGUGAUAAAGAAUGCAGACAUGCCUGAUGAAAUGCAGCAGGAUGCAGUGGACUGUGCCAUGCAAGCCAUGGAAAAGUACAACAUCGAGAAGGAUAUUGCCGCCUAUGUCAAAAAGGAGUUUGACAAGAAGUACAACCCCACAUGGCAUUGCAUAGUUGGGAGGAACUUCGGAAGCUACGUGACGCAUGAGACCAAGCAUUUCAUCUACUUCUACCUGGGUCAAGUGGCCAUUCUACUUUUCAAGUCAGGCUGAUAUCCAAACAUGCCCUCCGAAAACUACUUUUAAGUCAGCCCUUAAUACUUCUGUGCCAUGCUGUACAUUGGCUACCACCUUUCUGCAGACAUGCCUACCUCCUGGUUUCCUGCAUGCUACAGUCCAUUUUUGUUUGCCACCUACAACACUACCACCAUCGGUGGAUGGCGCUUUAGUCAUGCCUGGACUGGUGACAUGCCCAAAGUACAAAAUGCCAAUUUCAAACUACUUCCCAUUCCAGCACUCAGUCAGCAUUUUCACAUCUGACCGACUCACCAUGACUCAUAAUUUCCAGAUGUUAUUUUUUGCUGUGCAUUGAUGCGCAGGCUUUGUACAUUGUUUCAUAUGGAUAUGUUGUAUAAUAACUUAUUUUUCAUGGACUUAAAAGGAGCAACAGAAAGUUUUUGUUGAAAUGACGUUAAUUUUCAGUGUUGACUGAGAUUGAAUUUAACUCAAGACUGUUGCUUAAACUUGAUAGAGAGUUAAAAUGACUAGAGGUUAAAGGUUUUGUACAUGCUUAAACAUUCCUGUUUCCACUUCAGUUGUGAAUCUUUACAAUGUGACUGCUGUAAAUCUCUGGAAUGUAAUUUAAUGUGCAGUUUGGUAUCGUGAUAUUUUCAACAUGUUGAGCACAAAUCAACUUUGACACAGUAAAUUGGUUCAAAAUGUG